AUGUACUCCACCAGCACACAGAAAAGAGAAUGGACGUACACGCCGGAGAAGUUGGCAGCGGUUCGAUUGGAGACAAAUAUCAAGUUUCGGGAGAAAUAUGAAAGUGUCAUCACACCGGAGGAGUUGGAGCUGUUCGUGACUCCAGAAGAGGAGCUUCGGAUGCAGAGAUCCAUUGAGGAUGCGGCGUUAAAAUUCGCCGACAAAUUUCGCCCACACAUAUGGCCAUCGGUGAAAUGGACCGCUUUGGCAUUCUUCAAGAGAGCCUUCUUGGUGUGGAUGGUAAUGAUGGGCUGCUUCUAUCUCGCCAUGAAGAUCGACGAGUUUUAUAUCACUAUUGAUGAUUUUGUCAAGAACAUGAAUGUGGGCGACCCUCGUCAAAAUGCCGAACGAAUUCUGAAGCUGGAGCCGGAAUUGAUGAAAGUUCUGAAUUACAACCUUACCGUACACUGCCCAUAUCGUCCGUUCGAAGGUCAUCUGAUGGAUAUGAAGACUCGAAUGCUUCUGCUGAAUUUCGACCUCGAAUCAAUUCGUAGGGACUCGAUGAGGUUCUUCCAGAAUGCCCUGCAAACGGACGUUCUUCUUGUCUACCCACCAUCUCAGAUUGCAUUGGCUGCUAUCAAUUUUGGCUGCAUGCUCAAGUCGGAUGAGAUUCUCAGAGAGUUUCUGAGAAAAAUGAUUGGGAUCGAGGAGGAUUCGUGGUCGGCCAGAGAUGUGAGACCAGAGGAUUUGGAAAAGUUGGAGAAGACUGUCACUAGAGUCAACCACAUCAUGAGAGAAGUCGAGAAGCAAUUCGUGGCAGUGACUGAGCAGGAGAGAGAAAACCAUAAGAGCCGCCUGUCCCAAAUCCAAAAUCUUCUUCCAAUUCUCAACGAACGCCGAAAAGAGGCGUGGCGAGCCGGCGGAUGCAUCGGACAAGAGCCAGGCCUUGUCACUGAAGCGCCAGUGGAUUCGGAUGACGAGUAG